AUUGGUGGUUUAGUUACAGGUAUUUGCAAACUUUAAAAAGAUAUCAGCAGGACGCUGUCACACAGGUAAGUCUUCAUGUUUGCAAACAUUAUCUAAAUCGGGUCGUGAAAGUUUAAUGUUGACUAGCUCACCUACGUGAGGAAAACGUGACUGGAAACAGACUUACAUAUGUUGUUGAUUCGCCGCACAGCUGAUCCCAGAGACUGACGAAGGUGAAAAGUCUAAUUAGCGGGGAGUUACUGUUGAUCAUUCCUGAUAAGACACAUCUUUGGCUUCACAAUGCCUGUGGACAUGGAUGAGCAGUGCGGAGUUAGCUGCUUUAGACCUGCCUUCCUACAGCGCUGUGCAAGGGUGGGUGUCUUUGUGGCUUUCUACAGUCCUGCCUCUCUCUGUACCUCCGCCAUCACCGUCUACAUGUCAUCUCAAAUCACCACUUUGGAAAAACAAUUUGGUUUUACCAGCGCCCAGAGCGGAUUUCUAAUGAGUUGCAACGACAUAGGAUUUCUGCUCACAACCAUUUUUGUCGCCCAUCUUGCAAGGACAGUUCAUAUUCCCAGAUCCCUGUUUUAUUCCACAUUUUUCUUCGGAAUCUCGGGCAUCUUCUGCUCUUUGGCGUAUUUUCUAGCACCCGAGACCCCUAAUGAACAAAUUCCAUUCACUAAUGCUUCAUCGUUAUCAUCCACACCAAUGUUGAAUGCUGGUCAUCAUCUGUGCACAUCUUUAAACGAUACGUCUUCUGAAAAUUGUGACCUCACAAUAGCCAAGGUCGGUGCUCCUACAGAGUUCACGACAAUAGCUAUCGUCAUUAUAGCCAUUGGAAUGCUGUUUCAGGGAUUUGGAAAGGCUCCCAGACAACCCUACAUCAUCACCUAUAUAGAUGACAAUGUUCCCAAACGUAAAACUGCAUGUUAUAUGGGUAUAAUCAUGUCUGUUGGAAUAUUUGGACCUGCUAUGGGCUUUGGAUUUGGCGCUAUAUUUAGUCAGAUGCAUGUAACAUUGAAAGAGGUCCAGAUGACCGUUAGGGAUCCCCGCUGGAUAGGGGCGUGGUGGCUGGGCUUCAUUGUGUUUGGAAUUUCGGCCCUCGUCGUGUCUAUCCCUUUGAUGUGUUUCCCUAAAAGAAUGCCGUCAAGGAAAAAUAAAGCAGCAGAUAGGAAGAGAGAAGAACAAUCAACGUCAAAGUCAGGCAUCAAGGAGACCAUUAAAGAUUUGACCAGGAAGGUAAUUCGAAUUCUGACAAACGCCCGGUUUACAGUAAAUCUAAUUGCUGUGUGUAUUGUCUUAUUCAUCGUUGGGGGAUUCAUAGCCUUUACACCAAAAUACCUAGAGACGCAGUUUUUCAUUCCAGCGUGGUAUGCUAAUGUCUUACUGGGUGGGGUGGUGAUUCUUUCCACUUGCUGUGGGACGUUAAUAGGGGGAUGUCUGACCACCUAUAAGAAGCUCCACCCAUAUACUUGUAUCAAACUGGUGGGGGGAAUAAAUUUGAUAUCCAUUGCGUUCCACGGAUUGGGCCUGGUUAUAGGCUGUCAGAAUGCUCAAAUUGUUGGAUUGGACAAUGUAGGGGCAAAUUCUACUUGUUUGGGCACUUGCAACUGUGACAACACGGAAUAUCUACCUGUCUGUGGUUCAGAUAAUAGAAAUUACCUGACACCUUGUCAUGCUGGAUGUGAAAAUAGUAUUCAAGGACCUACUGGCUUUACCUAUACAAACUGCACGUGUAUAUCGGGAGGGGGCACUGCGACUCCUGGACUGUGUGAGACAGACUGUCAGAUGUUGUGGCCUUUCCUGAUUAUAGCAUUGGUCUCCUCUUUGUUUGCUGCCAUUAGUAUAGUACCUGGAAUUAUAUUCAGCGUCAGGUGCGUGUCUGAUGAGGACAAAUCUGUGGCUGUGGGCGUGUCUUCUUUUCUACAGACAGCUUUGGGUUGGAUGGCAGGCCCGGUGGUGUCCGGCAAAAUCAUUGACAGUUGCUGCAAACUCUGGAGUUCCAGUUGUUAUGGACAGGGUGCAUGCGCAUUGUAUGAUAUAGAAGAUUUCCGCUUCAAAAAGUAUUUCGUAGAACUCAUCGCUAAAAGUAUUGUUGUGGUAUUUUAUGGUAUAUGCAUAUGGAUAUCUAGAAAUAGGACCGAUUGGAGCACAGAUGAUGACGAGAAAACUGACAGUCCAGAAAAAGAGGAGCUAAUGAUGCAGUCAGACAAAGCAAAUGGGCAGAAAGUCAUAAACGCUUAGAAAUAAGAUGUUUUUAAGUUUUUACACUGUAGUCUCUAGCUACAAAUUCUGUAAUUUUAUGGUUUUUAUUUCAUCUCAACCAUAGGAAGUUAUGAGAUUGAUCACUGUUCGUUAUCCUCACCUUUCAUAUGCAUGCACCGGGAAACAUAUACAUUGUAUACCUAUGUAACAGGUAUUAAGGUAAUCUCAAAUUUCCAACUACAUAUGUACUAGUAUAUUCCAUAUAUUAUUUUUGAUGAUUCAGAACAUAUAAAACAUUUACCCAGCUGUCUACAAUGAUGCCUUUCCUUAGUAAAACGAGUUACAGACAGAAGUCGGCACACUGAAGGCACUCGUUGGUAGUUCACUAGAAGGAAACAAUCGUGUCGCUCUAACUUAAUAAUGCCCAAUACUUAUAUAUAUAUAUAUAUAUAUUAUAUUUUUUAUUAGCAUUGUCCAUUGUACAAAUAGAAAUUAAGUGCAUCAUAUUAUAUACUUUUAUAGGUAAGAUGUACAAUGGAUAUAUAAUCACUCAUACCAACCAUUCAUACUCCACUCAUACAUUUCAAAAUUAACUGACAUUAUACCAACAACAAAAAAUUAUUGAGGUUGCUAUAAUAGUAUCAAAAAAAAAAUAAAUAAAAUAAAACAAGAGCAACGCCAACGUGGCAUAAUACGCCCGUAGAUUUUGCUCAAGGAAAACAUAUUUUAGUGGGAUUCAUAUUUUAGUGAAGUUAGCACUGGCCUCUGUGAGCUAAUUCAUUAUCAUGGUGAUCAAAUAUACCAAGUUAUAAUAUCCAGGAGCUUACGGUUCGGUUUGUAUCCUGCCCACAAGGUUUUCCUUAUAAGUGAUACUGCGACCUUGACCUAUGACCUUGAAAAAAAAUAGACACCUUCCUCUCAUUGUGAUGAUCAAAUAUACUAAGUUAUAAUAUCCUGGAGCUUAGGGUUCGGUUUGUAUCCUGCCCACAAGGUUUUCCUAAAAAGUAAUACUACGACCUUGACCUUUGACCUUGAAAAACAAUAGGCAUCUUCCUCUCAUCAUGGUGAUCAAAUAUUCCAAGUUAUAAUAUCCUGGAGCUUACGGUUCGGUUUGUAUCCUGCCCACAAAGUUUUCCUAAUAAGUGAUACUACGACCUUGACCUUUGACCUUGAAAAACAAUAGGCACCUUCCUCUCAUCAUGGUGAUCAAAUAUACCAAGUUAUAAUAUCCUGGAGCUUACGGUUCGGUUUGUAUCCUGCCCACAAAGUUUUCCUAAUAAGUGAUACUACGACCUUGACCUUUGACCUCUCACCUUGAAAAACAAUAAGCACCUUCCUUUCAUCGUGAUGAUCAAAUAUACCAAGUUAUAAUAUCCUGGAGCUUACGGUUCGGUUUGUAUCCUGCCCACAAGGUUUUCCUAAUAAGUGAUACUACGACCUUGACCUUUGACCUCUCACCUUGAAAAACAAUAGGCAUCUUCCUCUCAUCAUGGUGAUCAAAUGUACCAAGUUGUAAAGUCCUAGGGCUUAUGGUUCAGUCUGUAUCCUACCCACAAGGUCCGGACAGACGGACAGACAGACGGACGACGCCAUACCAUAAUACGUCCCGUCUUUGACGGGCGUAUAAAAAUUAUACAAGAAAUGCAAUAAAAAAUAUACUAUUCAGUGGGUUCAAAUAUAUUGUUCCACAAAUUCCAUUGUUUUUCAAAAGAUAAUUGAUUGGAAUUGUAAAUAGAUAUACACCUUUCAAUACUGUAUUUUAUUUUCAAAUGGUUCAAAAGACCUAAAAUGUUUAGUGUUUUACCUUGUAAUGAGGUAUUGUAAAUAUACUGUUUAGUAUACAAAAUAAUAAAGUUAAUUUUCAUGUUGUCUUUAGUAAGUGGUAAUUCUCCUAAAAUUAUAUUUUUAAAAUUAAAACCAAUCCUUUUUGAAGUAGUCCUGUAAAUAUGCAAACUUAAAGCUCUCCAAAGAACCAAUACCUCAUUACAACUCGCAAACAUAUGUUGAAUAGUUUCUGUUUCUUUUUUACACAAGUUACAAACAUCUGAUGUUUUGAUUUAAAUUUAUUUUGAGAUAGUAGCCGACAGGAAGAAUUCUGUGAAGAAGUCGAUACUGUAGCCACUGUACAGAGGAAUCUGAUGUAGUUUUAAAACAAACUUUGAAAACAUCCUUUAUAUAUCAUUGACACCAUGGGGAGAUAACUCUACAUUCCACUUUGGUAUUGAAGUAGGAGUUACCUCAUUUGUGUUUAUACAAUUAUAAAUAAUAUUUGUACAUCUGACAUUUGGCAGAAUAUUUUCAAAAUAAAAUGGUAAAUAAGGAAGACAAAUUUUCCACAUACAGGUCCUCUCAAUUUUCAAAAUCUUGAAGCAUUUUGACAGAGCACAAAUAACACUAUUAUAUUGCAUCACAUCUAUAUCAGGGAUAUGAAGCUUCUGUUCAAACAUAGAUUUUGAUAAGAAAGUAUAAUCAUCAGACAAAAAAUCUCCAACAAUUUUAACACCUUGUUCUUUAUAAAAAUACAUUUACCACUGUUCGUUAUCUUCACCUUGCAUUUACCACCAAUGUUUAUGUUUGAAUUAUACCAUACUGGAAUAGUGAAUGUUUUAUUUUUCAUAUUCUUAUAUUGAUCUAUUUUCUUCAUAACAUGAUGCCAUGAGCUAAAAACAUCAUUCCAAAAAAUAUCAUUUUUGUUCAUUAGAACAUUUGAAAUAUAUAAAUCUCCAAAAUCCAAAAGGUUUUUCACAACAGCAUUUCCAUUAAUGGCAAAAAAUAUAUCUAACCAAGGUUUAUCAUUAGUAGUUACCAGUCUUUUCAUCCAAGAACAUUUAAGUGAUUUGAUAAAGUUAUCAAUGUUCACCAUCUUUAAACCCCCAGAGAGAUGGUCCUGGGUAACUACAGAUCUUUUUACCUUGUCACACUUUGAUUUCCAUAUAAAUUCGAAAAUGUCUUUACACAACAAAGAAUUUUUUUCUGUAUUGGGAGUAGGAAGAGAAAUGAAUAUAUGGUUAAAUUUAGGUAAAAUAAGAGAUUUUACAACAGUGACUCGACUAAUGUGGGUCAAAAUUCUUCGUUUCCAUUGUUGAAUCAUAGACUUGAUCUUUGGUAGAACUAUGUCAUAAUUUACUUCAGUGAUAGAUUCUAAAUCUACUGAGUAUUGGAUACCAAGUAAAGAAAAACUUUUUGAUCCCCAAUCUAACUUCCAUCUUGGAUGGUGAAAGACUUGGUUUCAAAUUUUUUUUUUAGAUCCAAUCCAAAUAAUUUUUGUUUUAGAACUGUUUAUAUUCAACCCAGAUAAUUUUGAAAAGAAAACUAAAGUAUCUAGAGCUGCAAACAAUGAUGUUGGCGAACCGUCAAGGGCAAGCAAAGUAUCGUCGGCAUAUUGAGAAAUUUUAUGCUCUUUUUGAGAGAUGGUGAUACCUUUUAUGUCUUUAUUUUGCUUCACAAUGAUGGCAAGGAUCUCAGCACAAAGAAGAAACAAGUACGGAGCAAUGGGAUCUCCCUGUCUACAACCUCUUUGAAUAUGAAUUUGGUCAGAUAAAUGCCCAUAUUGUAGAACUGAUGCUUUGAAGUUUGUGUCCAAAAUUUUAAUCCAUUCAACAAUUUUUUCCCCAAAACCAAAGUAAUUCAAUGCUUUAUACAUAAAACACCAUGAUACUGAAUCAAAUGCUUUUUCAAAAAUAACUAGCACUAGGAGACCUGGUAUAUUGUUGGAUUCAGUAUAAGACAUUAAAUCAUAAAUAUUUUUGUAACUUAGAAUCACGUAACUACAUUAAUAAAGUUAUUAAAAGGGUAGAUAUUGAAGGACAAUGUACUGUUUAUGAUCAGUUUGAAAUUUUAAAGUUCAAACCUUUUAUAAAAAUCUAUAUGAAAUAGAGACUCGGAACUUAUUGACUUCGAUCUUAAUGAUAUCAUUGAUCAUUCUGAAAUUAAAAAACUGGUUGCAAAAUCAAUAAACGCCCUUGAAAAUGAUAUUGUAGAGAGUGAAGUUUUCCAUGUCUUAAAAAAUAUGAAAAAUAAUAAAUCACCAAGUAGCGAUGGUUUUACUGCUGAUUUUUAAAAAUUCUUUUGGAAAGACUUAAAAAGUUAUAUUGUAAGAGCAAUUAAUUGUAUUUUCAAAAACAAAGAACUGCCAAUUUCGCAAAGACUUGGUAUUAUUACAUGUAUACCCAAAGGUGAUAAACCUAGACAAUAUUUAAAAAAGCGUCCAAUAACUCUGUUGAAUGUCUUAUAUAAAUAUCUGGAUGUUUAAGCAACAGGAUGAAAUCUUCAUUAGAUGUAAUUAUUUCAGAUACACAGUCUGGUUUUAUGAAAGGUAGAUAUAAAGGUGAAAACCCAAUACUUAUAUUGUUGCAUAUUAUUUUUAUACCAAAGAAUCUUUUUAUACAAAAUGUAUUUUUAUUAAACUGCAAAACGGU